AUGUUCUUCUUAAUUAAUUACAACUUUAAAUAUUUAAUUAAAUUUAUUUUUAUUGUUUUAUUUAAUAUUGUAAAUCAACUAAAUUAUUUGGAUGGCCGUUUGCUAGAUACUUCUGUUGCUUGUGAUCAACACAAUUUUCUUCUUUCACUCAAUUUCGAUGUCCCUUUCCGCGGUUUAGUUUAUAGCGAAGAGGGCUUGCCCAAUUGUAUUUAUGUCAACGGAACAAUGCUUUCUCAAUUAAAUUAUCAUUUAAAAGUUCCUUUAAAUGGGUGUGAAACAAAAAUAAAUUUGGAUGGAAAUUUUGAGAAUGGAGUUAUUAUACAAGAAAAUAUUGGGUUUUUACAAGCUAGUGAUAAAAAAUAUUUGCUUACAUGUAUUCCUUCAAGUCCUUUAAUAAAUCCUCAAACAAAUACAAGUACAACAACAAUUACCCCUUUACCUCCCCCUUUAUUAACUACAAAAAGUUCUUCUUUUACUACAACUACUAUAGCUUUUGGAGAAGAAAAUGAAGCUAUUAAUGUUGAUUUAAAUGAAUUGAGUUCAAAACCAAAAGAAUAUUUUACUUCCUCUACCUCUUCAUUAAAUCCCACACAACAACAACAAAUCCCUUCAUUGGAUGAACCGACAAUAAUUAAUAAAAAUUCUGAAUUAAAAUAUUCUGUAGAAAUAAAAUCUGGACAUAAUUUUGAAGAAUUUUCUUUGGAUUCUAAUAAUUUAAUGCCUGUUGGGGCUUCUUUAAAUAUUGGGGAUCCGAUUUCAUAUCUUGUACGUAUCCAAAAACCAGUUAGCGAUUCACAAAUCGGUCGGUGUUGGGCUACUGACUCAAAUUCUUCUUUGGAAUUAAGUGAUGAAAGGGGGUGUUCUUUACAACCUAAAGGAAAUAUUUGGGGAGCUUUUGAAAGAGUAGAAACUCAGGAAGAAGUUGUAUUUAUUAAUAGAAUAAAAGCUUGGGCCUUUCCGACAAGUAAUGAAGUAAAUAUUUUUUGUAAUUUGCGUAUUUGUAUGUCCAAACAUUGUUCUUUUAUUACAAAUUGUUCAGAAUUAACUAGACAACGAAGAAAUGAUGAAAAUAAUAAUAAUGGAAUAUUGGAGGAAAUAGAAAUAUUAAAAACUUUAAUUAAAUUAAAUAGAAAUAAAAGAAAUAUUCCUUCUUUAAUUUUUGAAAAUAAUUGUAAUAAACAAAAAGAAAUUUUAAAUGAAGAAGAAAAUAAUUGGUUAUGGUGUAUUUCUUUAACUGAAAUGUUUAUUGUUUGUGUUUGUUGUGGGUAAGUUUACGAAGGAGAAUUUAUUUUUUAAAUUAGAGAAGAGAGAUUUUUUGGUGUUUUUAAAUGAAUUGAAACGGGAGAGCAUUUUAGACCCCCUUUAAACGUAGAAAAUUCGGCUCUAUCUGAAAGGAGGUGCGGGAUAUUUUUUAUAUUUUUAUUAUUUCCUCCUUCCUUCGCUAGUCAGUCUACCUUUCAUUUUCCCUUAAUAUAAAAAAAUAGUCAGCCCUUAAUUUUCCCAAUACUUCAAUAUUUUAUUUUUAACUCGUUCUUAAACUUUGCAACAAAGGCACAAGGAAAUAAAAAUUUAGGUGACUUUAUAACUCACAAGAG